UGUACUGUAGCGGUUUGCAACCCUUAGUGCUGCAUACCUUACAAGGUCAUUGUUUAGUUGGCAAUGCAGUUGAUGCUCCCACCAUACUAAUAUAUUAAGAUGCACAAACGCUCCUGUUGAUUUGCUGUCUUGAUAUCCUUUGUACGUCAACGACGAUAGGUAUCUUACCGCUCGUAACUCAACUUGCACAUAACAUGGAUCACAGAAGCAGAACCUCGACACAUGGCAGUCAGUCUGCUGACAGCUCUCGCCGCAUGCCGCAACGCCACGAUUCACUGCUGGUCAACCUCUCCAGCCUGACUCUCGAUCUGCCCCGACGCAGUAGUUCUCUCACUUCCCGUUCUUCAGCCGACGUCACUGCCAGCUUAUACCCUUCCACCGAGUACUCCGAACGCCCGCCUUCAUCUACCACCACCACCACCACCACCACCACCACCACAACCGACCUCACCCCACCUGAUACUCCCGACCAGGCAAUCACCCCCCGCUCAAUAGCCAUCAAGCGCACAGUAGCCGCGCGACAGCGGCUGGCACAAGCGCACGAGGGCUGGCUCGUGGCGGCGCGGGCGCUCUGCUAUGCGGGGGUGAUACCGGAUUACGAUCAAGGCAUCUCAUCGUCGAUGCAGGAAUUUGGCGACGCCAUUGUCGCGCGCUACGCGGCAGCUAGGUUCCUGCAUGAGGUGCUCGUCGGCAUGCCCCAGGAGCACUGGUUCGGGCCUAAGAAGAAGUUUGAUGCCACGCUGAGGAGGCUCAAGACGCUUAAGGGUUUGGAGGGGAGUUUGAUGUGCUGGGAGGGGUUGUUGUUGGAGAUGUUGGAGGUAGUGGAUAAGAUUGAUAAUGGUGGUGGUGAUGGUGUGCGGGCGUUGGAGGGGGUGAGGAAGGAGGAGCUGUGUAGAGAGAUGAGGAGGGUGUUGGGGCGGUGGAGGAGAGGGAUGCCGAGUCGGCCAUGAGGACUGGACUCGAGGAUUGAACUCAGCUUGAAUUAUGUUGGUGUGCAGCCUUUCGCAUUGUAUUACUAUUUCAGAGUUGAAGAAAGGGUAGGUAUUGUUGAUCAUCAAAUAGCGUUGGACGCCGGAAGGUGAUAUCAGAGGAGAGGCUGUGCCUCAGCCUUCA